GCGUACGUGAGCGCUAGCUCUUCCCACCAGUGAGAUCGAUCGAGCUUCCACCUCCUGUCAUCCUCCUCUUGCAGGUCGCAGCUGAGCAGCAACAAGGCCGGAAAGGAUGUCGUGGCAGACCUACGUCGACGAGCACCUCAUGUGCGAGGUCGAGGGCCACCACCACCUCACCUCCGCCGCCAUCAUCGGCCACGACGGCACCGUCUGGGCCCAGAGCGCCGCAUUCCCGCUGUUCAAGCCUGAGGAGAUGGCCAACAUCAUGAAGGACUUCGACGAGCCCGGGUUCCUGGCCCCGACCGGCCUCUUCCUCGGCCCCACCAAGUACAUGGUCAUCCAGGGCGAGCCCGGCGCCGUCAUCCGCGGGAAGAAGGGAUCUGGAGGCAUAACCGUGAAGAAGACCGGGGAGGCGCUGGUGGUCGGCAUCUACGACGAGCCCAUGACCCCCGGGCAGUGCAACAUGGUGGUCGAGAGGCUCGGCGACUACCUCGUAGAGCAAGGCCUGUAAACGGAACUGCUUCAGUCCAAACGGAAUUGUUUAUAAUUGGUGUCGUUCCGGCAAAUAAUUUUGUGUGGUUUCACCUAAAAAUUUGGUUGUCUUAUGAUUUGUAAACCCAGAACAGUAUCUAUAUGUGAUUGAACUGCGCCUACCUAUUCUUUUAUUAUACG